GGUCAGAUUUCUUCUUGUCUUUCAUCUCUGUUUUCUCUGACAUGUCGCAUCCUGUAAAGCUCUACGUAUAUGACCUCAGCAAUGGAAUUGCAAAGCAGAUGUCUCUUCAACUCACUGGAAGACAGAUUGACGGUAUAUGGCAUACGUCUAUCGUCGUGUACGGUAGAGAAAUAUUCUACGGGCAAGGAUUAACCGAAACAGUUCCCGGAAGGUCACACCAUGGUUCUCCGGUACAAAUCGUUGACCUCGGAACGACCGAUAUUGAUCAAGACACCUUCAAUGAGUAUCUAGCUGAAAUAAAAGAGCACUAUACUGCAGAAAAGUAUCACCUGUUAGACUUCAAUUGUAACUCUUUCACCAACGACUGUGCAGGCUUUCUCACCGGCGGUUCUAUUCCGGAAUAUAUCAAAGAUUUGCCGACCGACUUCUUAUCCACUCCAUUUGGCGCCGCUCUUCGUCCGACUAUUGACGCAAUGUUUCGUCGUCCUACCCCUGGUACGACACCUGCUCAGGUCCCAACUCCGACCCCCGUCUCCACUCAACCUAUGCCUAAUCCUGAACUGGUCGGGUCCAUCUUACAAGCCGUAGCUGCUCAAGCACAGCGAACAGGCCAGCCGGCAGCUUCCACUCCCCAAGCUACAACCUCGCUCACAUCACCCUUACAUCCUUGUGCAAAUUCCGCCUCCUUCAAAUCGCUGCUAAAAACUCACAGAGCCGUUGUUGCGUGCUUUUCCAAUGUCGUCACUUGCCCUCCGUGCCGAGUGAUAGCACCUAUCUUUGAGGAUCUCGCACACAAAAAGGGUCUCAAGUCUGGUGGGGGUGCGGGUGCUGUUUUCACCAAGAUAGAUUUAGCAACGCCAUCUGGUCAAGCACUAGGUUCGGAAUGGGGUGUACGAGUGAUGCCUACCUUCAUGUUCUUUCUGGAUGGGCACAAGAUAGCUGAAAUGAAAGGUGCAGACGCAAAUGAACUGAGAACGCAGAUCGACUUGUUACUCUACCAAGCUUAUCCACCUCACAAACACACGUCACUUUCCCUGCCUGCCAUGCAGUCGCUGUCCUUGAAGCCCAUCCUCUUCUCACAAGUACCGAACCUGGACGCGGUUGCGAAUAAGCUGUUAUCGUCUAUCACCUCGGUUAAUAAUUCCGAACGUGUGAAGCAGAUUAUCACUGGUUCCGUCGUUCCCUACCUUAAAUCUCGAUCUUCGACCAAAGCACUCCCCACUGUCCUUGUCGCAUGGACUGAAGUCACAUCCACUCUUUCGAGUUCUCUCCCUCCCGAAUCGCUCUUUCCUCUCGUAGACAUGUGGCGACUCGCGUUGCUCGACCCAGCCGUCGCCACAUGGUGUGCAGCCAAUUUCUCUUCGUCCCCGCUGGUGACGCUAUCGCGAGUCGCUUCCAAACUAUCGAUUCAACAGUGCCCUCGUCCAUAUGCAUUAACCCUUCUGCGACUCCUAUCCAAUGCAUUUUCGAGUAACGUGCUUGCUCCGCGGUUCUUUAUUGGGAAUUUUAGAUUGGAAGUGAUUGCGUUGGUGAUUCCUUCGCUUUUGCAUGGUGAUGGUAGUGUGAGGAAUUCAGGAGCGAGUCUUGCGUUUAAUAUGGCGGCAUUUUUGCAGACUGGGAGAGCUGAGGCUGUUAGGAAUAGUAAUGGAGGUGGGACGGUGAAGAGUGAUAUGGAGGAUGAAGAAUGGGAGAUUGAGAUGGUGAGCGCUGUUGUGGAGGCUAUUGAUCGGGAGAAGACUAGUGAGGAUGUUGUACACCGUUUGGUGGCGUCGAUUGGGUGUUUGUUACGGCUCUCGCCAUUCUAUGAUACGCAAGUCAGCUCCCUGUUGGAGGUUUUGCAAGCGAAGCAGAUUCUGAAAGCAAAGUUACAGCCAGGUCAGUGUGGAGAGAAGGGGGUGGAGAAGAAGGAGGUUCGGAAGUUGUUGGAAGAGGUGGCGAAUAAACUAUGUGCAUGAUGGGUGGUGAGACAUGUAUAAACCGGAGUUUUCUCUUUUCAAGUACAUAUAUCAGGAUAUAAACUGAGGAUAAGAGGAAGUUGACCAUGAGGACGUGACUGA